AUGCGUCUUAUCAAAGCAAAUGGGGUCGAAGCAGACCGCUUCGAGGUCCGGGAAUUCUACGAUGCCAAUAUUCCACCCUACGCCAUCCUGUCGCACACGUGGGGAGAUGAUGAAGUCACGCUGCGGGAUCUGGAAGAAACCAAUGCAAAGAGAAGGGAAGAAUACGACAUAUUUAGAACGUACCGAUUUACAGGAAGAAGUGACAGGAGGAAAAGGAAAGGUUACUCCAAAAUACGGGGGGCAUGUUCCAUCGCUAAGAAUGAUAGCUUUGACUAUGUGUGGAUUGAUACAUGUUGCAUCGACAAGACGAGCAGUGCAGAGCUGUCCGAAUCGAUCAACUCCAUGUAUCGGUGGUAUGAGGAAGCAGAGGUCUGCUAUGUUUGUCUUGCCGAUGUAUCAUCCAUGGGCGACUUCUCUAACAGCAGAUGGUUUACCAGAGGAUGGACUCUUCAGGAACUGAUUGCCCCAUUGAAAGUGAUCUUUCUCGAUCGAAACUGGAAAGUGCUGGGAACUAAAGAGAGCUUACAGGCGAAAAUAUCUGACCGGACUAGAAUUCCUGUCGAUAUUCUCACAGGAACUGGCGAUCUUGAUCGCGUUCCGGUCGCCCAAAGAAUGGCAUGGGCUGCAACACGGCAAACAUCGAGACUGGAGGAUCGUGCAUAUUCCUUAUUAGGUAUAUUUGGCAUAAACAUGCCCAUGCUUUAUGGAGAAGGGAAAAUGGCUUUCGCCAGACUUCAAGAGGAAAUUAUGAAGGUCUAUGAGGAUUUCACCCUUUUCGCCUGGAGGUCGAGUGACGAGAACCAUGGUGGGCUGCUUGCCAUCUCUCCAGACGCCUUCAAAGACUCUUCAGACUUUGACCUGGACUACAAUCCUAAUGAUACUGUCAAUCCCUCCUGGGUCUUAGAUGGCAAGGGAAUGCACUUGGAACUGCCUUUCAUGCCCAUAGGACAUGGGGGACUAGGAGUGGCACUUAUAUUUUGCUCCUAA